AUGUUCUCAACACCGUCGUCUUCAUCCUCGUCGGCCUCGCUCUACCCGAGUGGAACACCAAAGUUCAUGCCUUCCUCACCGUGCUUUGAGGACCGCAUCCACCCCGCGUCGCUCGAGCAGUGCGGAAUCCACGAGCCUGCACUGCUCGAGUUCAUCCGCUCGGACGUGUCGCGCGAGCUUGUCACCUUCCUCGCGCGUACCACGACCUCUGUCAUUGCCUCGUCUACUGCCAUUGACGCGAAAACCGUCGACUCCCAGGCGGCGGGACUCCCGUCUCUGACCACCUUUGUCGCGGUUGUCUGCGAACAAUCAAACGUGCAGGUCUCGACGCUCAUCGCUACGAUCGUCUACCUCGAGCGCCUUCGCACCCGUCUUCCGCGCGUCGCCAAGGGCAUGCCUUGUACCCGUCACCGUGUCUUCCUCGCGACGCUCAUCUGUGCCGCAAAGUACCUCAACGACUCGUCGCCAAAGAACAAGCACUGGUGUCGCUACGCCCAGAUGUUCUCUCAGGCCGAGAUCAACCUCAUGGAGAAGCAGCUACUCUACCUUCUCGACUACAACCUUGCCAUUACCGAGGAGGAGGUUGUCCAGCACACGCAGUACUUCCUGCAGCAGUACACCUUCGACUCGCCGCCGAUGUCGCCCGUGUCGUGUGGCGAGUCGCCGCUUCCGGUCACCCCGCGUCUUGUCUCGGGCGAGGUCAUCCCCGACCCCACGGCUGUCCCCAACACCAAGCCUGCCGCAAACGGCGUCUACUCUCAUAUGGCUCCUGGCCUCGACCGCUCCGACUCGACAUCGUCGCUGGGCUCUGACGGACCGCUCACGCCCAUCACUGAGGAUGCCACCACCCCCGACCUCGUCCACCACACAGCUUCUGUCGCCGCCCCAGUCCCCAUCCGCAUCGCGGACCCCGACUCGAUCCCCACCAACAUUGCAUCGUCGGCAACGAUAAAGGAUGCACGUGACUCUCUCGUCAAACGCCUCUUCGGUCGCCGGCGAAUUGACGACGACGCUGUUCCCAUCGCCGCAUAGGCACUCAUCAUCCGUGGAGCAAAGCCGACAUGACUUCAGGCACGACGGCUUUUAGUCUGGUUUCCACCGCACAAUCUUGGGUCUUAAAUCUUUCUUCUCGUCAUGCACGCAACCAAACUCGGCACUCUUGGAACGCAAGCCGCAUCCCCCGCAGCUCGCUUCCGGAUCCCCCGCAUCUGUACCAACACCAAUCUUGCUUUCCCCACUGUCGACCUCCACCUGCACUGCGUAUGAUUCGAUCGGAAGCCAGCCCAACCCACCUCUGUCCAUUGCCGCGCAAGACUAGCGUGGUUUGGCACUUCGGACCGGCCUUGAUUCAUCACCUUCCUGGGGCCCAAAAUUCCUCGGCUUGAUGCCUGGGCGUUACACCCUUUGCAAGUACGCACGCAAGUGACCACCACCACGAUAAUCUUGCAACGACUCGUACCUCCCUUACGACGUUCCCCCUAUCAUGACUGUAGCAUAAUAAAAUACAAGCAACUCGACACGUAGUUAUGUAGAGGGCCUUCAUUGUAAAUGUAGUAGUCUUACACGUAGCCGCUGCCGCUGAGCGAAGGGCGCGCUGCGUUGUUGGUCUUUGGCAGGCUCAAAGAAGAGGUGACAGGAGCCGGUCUUCUACAUGCAACCC